AUGCUCGUCCGAGAUUCCCGAAAGCUGGUGCUAUUUGUAAUACCAGUCUUUCUUCUUGUUAUCUUUGCUCUGAAGCUCUAUCUUGAUCCAUCAUCUUUUCCUGCCCAUGUUCAAGGAUGGGUUCCAUCGCAGCUGAAGAAGUCACCUGGGGAUGAGCAAGAACUCUUGGCUGACGAAGAACCAUCCACAACGAAAGCGUCGCCAGUUCAAUCGUCACCGGCUGCCAAGACAGAUACGCCAGAAGACAAACCUUUCGGCGAGGGUAUCGUUCCUCAAGAUGUCAGCGCAACACACAUUGAAGUCUUCUCAUUAUCUACCAAAGACAAGAAGUUCUUCGAGAUUGACUUCAGAGACUUCACUGCUCUCAACCCCAAUCUCAUCCCCCAUCCUACACUGGAAAACACAUGGAUUGUCGUAGCUCAAUGGCUUCAAGAAGGCGGUAAUUCACUCUGGUUUGCUGAGCUUGUUUGCAAUGCUGCAUUCCAAGACGGCAUCCUUCGAUGUCUUCACUCACCCACUACUCUGCCUGUUACUGCGACUGUGGGAGGAGAAUUAUGUCAAGGCGACAUGGCAUAUUUCCAUAUGAACAUGGGUCCACACGAUGCACGUGUGUUUUAUGGCCCUGAUAGACCUUACACGACAUAUGGAUCAAACUCCAUACACACUUGCUUUGGCCAGUUCGUUCAAGACUUUCGUACACUAACAGGCUGGUCGGGUGACAUGGAAAAUAUGGGUCUAUUCAGAGUCGGUACUGAGCUUCAACGGCCACUGCCAUGGAAUAAGAUUGAGAAGAAUUGGUUCCUCUUCUGGGAUUCUAACGGAAAUAUGUAUACUCACUACGACAUCAAGCCUAAGAGGGUGUUUGCCCAAAUGAACCCUGAUGGCUCAGCUGGUCCUGAUCUUGCACCAGCCGCAGCAGGCGAUGAGCAAUGCCUGGCCAAAUAUCUCCCCAAACUCCAAACCGACCUCGAGUCCAUCCACCAGACCACCAAUUCUCUCAAAGUCACCAUGUGUCGUCGAGACGAACCCUCUUGUGUCCCUGAUGAUAGCAACACCUUCAUCAUGGUGAUAUACCAGCAUAAGUCCUACUUCAACUAUCACAGUGUGUACGAGCCAUAUGUUAUGCUGUUCAAGCAGCAGGCUCCUUUUGAGAUUCAUGCCAUGUCAAGAAAGCCUAUUUGGAUUCAUGGUCGAAAGAAGUAUCCCGAGAAGGAGACUUCAGAUAUGUUUUAUGUGACAUCUAUGAGCUGGAAGAGUCGUGAGCAGAAGUAUCAUGGAUUCAUUGGCGACGAGAUGUUCCUGGGCUUCGGAGUUGAGGAUGUUAGAACGGGUGGAAUCGAUAUAAGGGCAGAGGAUCUGUUGAAAGACAUGGGCUUAUGUUUUGAGGGAUAGAUAUAUAUCACUGUAUGAAUCUAUUUAGAGUAGUGGCGAGACGGCUGAAUAAUGUUA